GUUCUGAGCAUUAUUUGUGGCUUUUUAAUAGCGGUUUAUACUUGUACUCUUUUACUGCAGUGUAUUGUUGUUGUGCAGUCAUUUCUUAGGAUGCUAAAAAUACGUAAGCUAGCGGUCCCCAAACUUUAUCUCUUGAGGGGGUGGUCCUACUCGGUGUCACGGUGUGUUAGAACAUGGAUUAAACUCACACCGGAAUAUCCAUUUUACAACUUGUAGACCGAUCAGUUUAAAGUAAAGCUUGUAUGCUACAGCGUAGCAGCAACGCUGAAGUCGUGCCAUAGCUGUUUAGUUUGUACAGCCUAAGUUCGCAGAUAGCCUUAACACAUGUUAGCUUUUUAGCAACAUCGUACGGUUAUAUAUGCUUCAAAAAUCUUAAAAGUGCUGUUCAUCUGUGAAUAUUAUUAUUUUUCUGAAUGAAAUGUGAAAAAUAAUCUAAGCUUGAGUUUGUCACAGAGCUUAUUUUAGGUAACAAUCCAAAAUCCAGUUCAGUUUGGUUGAGGUAACCAGCGCUUAGCUAACUUUCCAGUCACCCAAAAAAAAUAUGCCAUCUUUGCAGCACAGAGGUUCAUCAUUUUAUCUUUCCAUUGUUUUUUUGUUUGUUUGUUUUUUGUUUGUUUUUUUAAAUUUGGUAGCCUAGCUCAUCAAAAAAAGAGAGAACAUCAUGUUUUAUGUUUUCUUGGUCUUUGCAAGAAAGAUACUUAUGUUAAUGGGCCUCUUACUUUUGUGAGCUAACUAGCUUAAUUAACCAAACUAGCUUACAUGAAUAGUGUAGUGGGAUAAAAACCUGUGUUUUAAAAACCAGAUAAAGACUGAAAUUGAACAGCCUUUUUGUUUUUAUCAAAAGUAGUCUAAAUGUACUAAUGUGUGUGAGCAGGUGUGAUGUAUAUGUUGAAUGUAGGUUGUCAUGUUGCCACUUGUUCGUUUCCCCCAUUUUGUAAGGGGCUGUCUCCCCCGCGCGUGCUCUCUAAUUGGCUCGCGCGCUCUUGUGUGAAGGUGGAGGCUCGGCUCGUCGCUGCGCCGCUCAGGAGAAAACUUGUGCGGCGGAAACUUUGACAAACACCGUUAAAUGUCCGUCACAUAGGUUAGAUUAUUUGAAGUAUAUGCUGCUCACGAACUCCUCCAAUGUCUGACGAGGGCGAGGAAAGCGAUGGCGGCGAGAGAGGGCACCUCUCCGAGUCUCCCUCCCCGACUCUGUCCGUCUGUCUUCCCCGAGGAGGAUCUCCUUCCUCUGCGCGGCCCCUGGACCUCUUCUCCUCCGCCUCUCCGCUGCUGGGGGACACGGACCCGCCUUAUCUCGCCUCUCCGGAGUGUCGUCACCCGUCGCCAGAGAACCGGGACUCCCCGCACCUCACGCCGCCAAAGUUACUCCGUGGCAUCGGAGACACGGCCGGCUCCCCGCUUCGUCCGCGGCGGGAUGUGCGGUUAGACGCGGUGUACGACCGCUGCGAUGACCCGUACCCGAAGUGGAGAGGAAGAGGCGGCGCGAACUCUGAGCGCUUCCAGCACCACGGACAGAGGAUCCACAGGGCUCCGGAGCUCUCGGACCACGGGAACCACCACUCUGCCGAGCACAUCGACACCGAGUUCAACUCCGAAUCCAGGCACACGGUAGAAGCCAUGCAUCGCCGGCACACCACGCUGAGAGAGAAGGGGCGUCGCCAGGCAGUGCGAGGCCCGGCCUACAUGUUCAAUGAGCGCGGCUCGCCCCUCACUGCAGAGGAGGAGCGUUUUAUGGAUGCUGCAGAAUAUGGAAACAUUCCCGUGGUCCGUAAAAUGCUGGAAGAAUCCAAAACCCUCAAUUUCAACUGUGUGGACUACAUGGGCCAGAAUGCUUUGCAGCUGGCAGUGGGGAACGAGCACCUAGAAGUGACUGAGCUGCUUCUUAAGAAGGAGGGUUUGGCUAGGAUUGGGGACGGUCUGCUUUUGGCUAUCUCUAAGGGUUAUGUUCGAAUCGUUGAAGCCAUUCUCGGUCACCCUGCUUUUCGAGGAGGCCUCCGACUGACUUUGAGCCCACUGGAGCAGGAGAUGCGUGAUGAUGACUUUUACGCCUAUGAUGAGGAUGGCACACGUUUUUCGCAUGACGUCACGCCUGUCAUCCUAGCUGCUCACUGCCAGGAGUAUGAGAUAGUCCACAUCCUUCUGACCAAGGGGGCCCGCAUAGAAAGGCCACAUGACUACUUCUGCAAGUGUUUAGAAUGUGUGGAGAAACAGAAGAAAGACUCAUUCAGUCACUCACGCUCCAGGAUGAAUGCAUAUAAGGGCCUGGCCAGUGCCGCUUACCUGUCACUCAGCAGUGAAGACCCUGUUCUGACCGCCCUCGAGCUCAGCAAUGAACUGGCAAGACUGGCCAACAUCGAGACAGAAUUUAAGAAUGACUACCGCAAGCUCUCCAUGCAGUGUAAGGACUUUGUGGUGGGUGUGCUGGACCUUUGUCGGAACACAGAGGAAGUGGAGGCCAUACUGAACGGUGACGUGGACCUGUGCCCUCCGAGCCCCUACAACCGACCCUGCCUCAGCCGCGUCAAACUGGCCAUUAAGUAUGAAGUCAAGAAGUUUGUUGCUCAUCCCAACUGCCAGCAGCAGCUACUGACUAUCUGGUAUGAGAACCUGCCGGGUCUGAGGCAACAGUCCGUUGGGGUGAAGUGCUGGACAGUGCUGGGGGUCGCCGUAGGUCUCCCUUUCCUGGCUAUUGCCUACUGGAUAAUGCCAUGUAGCAAGAUAGGUCAGAUUCUACGAAGCCCGUUCAUGAAGUUUGUGGCUCACGCCGUCUCCUUCACCAUCUUCCUGGGUCUGCUGGUUAUCAACGCCUCCGACCGCUUUGAGGGUGUCAAGAACCUGCCCAACGAGACCAUCACGGACCACCCACGACAGGUGUUCAGAGUCAAAACCACCCAGUUCUCCUGGACAGAGAUGUUGAUCAUGAAGUGGGUGUUGGGUAUGAUUUGGUCGGAAUGUAAGGAGAUCUGGAGUGACGGGCCCAGAGAGUACAUCAUGCACCUAUGGAACGUUCUGGAUUUUGGCAUGUUGUCAAUCUUUGUGGCGUCCUUCACGGCACGCUUCAUGGCGUUCCUCAAGGCCACCAAAGCCCAGCAGUAUGUAGACAUGCAUGUACCAGAUGAGGACCUCAGCAAUGCCUCGCUGCCUGACGAAGUCGCCUAUUUCACUUACGCCAGGAACAAGUGGCGACCCUCCGACCCCCAGAUCAUCUCGGAGGGCCUGUACGCCAUCGCCGUGGUGCUGAGCUUCUCACGCAUUGCCUACAUCCUGCCGGCCAAUGAGAGCUUUGGCCCCCUGCAGAUCUCACUGGGGCGCACGGUCAAAGACAUCUUCAAGUUCAUGGUCAUCUUUAUCAUGGUGUUUGUGGCCUUCAUGAUCGGCAUGUUCAACCUGUACUCAUACUACCUGGGAGCCAAGUACAAUCCUGCCUUCACCACGGUGGAGGAGAGUUUCAAAACUCUAUUCUGGUCAAUCUUCGGGCUGUCCGAAGUGAUCUCAGUGGUGCUGAAGUACGACCACAAGUUCAUAGAGAACAUCGGCUACGUGCUGUACGGCGUCUACAAUGUUACCAUGGUGGUCGUCCUUCUCAACAUGCUCAUCGCCAUGAUCAACAGCUCGUACCAGGAGAUAGAGGAGGACGCCGACGUCGAGUGGAAGUUCGCCCGUGCCAAGCUGUGGCUCUCCUACUUUGACGAGGGCCGCACCCUGCCUGCCCCUUUCAACCUGGUCCCAAGCCCAAAGUCUUUCUACUAUCUGGUCCUUCGCAUAAAGAACUGCCUGAUCCACCUCUGCAAGGCCAACAGCCGUCGCCAUAACAACGAGCUGGAGCUGGGUAUGAUCAACUCACAGGCCAAGGAUGAGCGCUUCAGGUCUCAUCCGCGCCCGGGAGAAGAGUUCAUCCCCAGAAAAUCUAGAAAACACCCAACAAGAUACCAGAAUAUCAUGAAGCGCCUGAUUAAGCGCUACGUCCUGAAGGCUCAAGUGGACAGAGAGAACGAUGAAGUCAACGAAGGCGAGCUGAAGGAGAUUAAGCAAGACAUUUCCAGCCUCCGUUACGAGCUCCUGGAGGAGAAGUCCCAGGCCGCCGGGGAGCUGGCUCUGCUCAUCCAACAACUUGGCGACAAGUUUGGCAAGAACACCAUGAGACACUGACACGACUCGCAAGAAGGAGAGAGAGAGGGAACGGGGAGAGGAGGCCGGAGGAGGUGCGGGCAGAAAGCAGGGUCAGAUUAUAUAUUUUCAAAACAUUCAUAGAUGAAGAAGGAGAAAAAUGGUGGAGGGGGGCAGGAUGUUUGUGAGAUAGAAAGAACACAUUGGGUAAAAUGUGCUAACUCAAGGCAAAAGAUAAGUGUUUUGUACAUGCAACGACCAAUUAGGGGGGAAUGUGAGAAGAAGAUAGCGGCGGCUGCGAGUGAGCGUGAGGUCACGGGGUCAGAGGUGAAGUAAAGGCAGUCGGAGGGGGUUUGUGUUGACAGCUGAAUUCUAAUUAAAGGCAACAUCUUCAGGGAGUAAGAGGGAGGAGAAGAAGACAGCGGCUCGCAGGCUAGCAAGGGCGGGAGGAUAGAGGGAGACGAAUGAGAAGGAGAACACAAGCGCCAUGAGAUAUGAAGAGGCACCACAGGGCAGAAGACUGAGGCGGCGCAGCAGUGAGGGCCCCCGCAUCCGCUUCUAAGAGAUAUCAGCGCAUCACCCAGUUGGAGGAGAGAGAGGGAGACCCAAGUGAAGGGAAAACUUAGAGGGAGGGCUGGAGAUUGGUGGUGGUGGUGGGGGGUACAUCUGAAUAAAAGUAUUUUACUUUGUCAGGACGAGGGUGGCGAUACCUGUCGAGACACUGUGCACCCCUUUAUACACCAGGCUAUCUAAUUAAUGCAUUUCCCUCCAAGAUGCACAACUUACGAUCAGGAGUCGGAUGAUUCAGGAAAAAAAGUGGGAAACAAGUCAUUAACGACCACCGAGAAAUGUAACAUUAUCUGCUCAUUUUAGUGUGUAUCACAGACGUUUGUGUGUUGAUUAGGCAUACGGUACUGCAGCUCCGUGUCGACCGUCUCCAAGAGAUCUGAGAGAUUACUAGUUGCAAAAAACAAGUUACAGUAACAUUACUCCUGGCGGCAUGUCUCUCGUCUCACUCAGAAUGAGAUGCGCAAAACCAGUAAAAGUCCAGUUUUCAUGCAUAUUUGAAAAACUCCAAGCCAGUUAAACAUAUUAUGACCUUGAUCACUGCUUUGGAUAUUCUCAUGUUCACUGUGCCCUUGCAGCACACUGCGUCAGAGUGGCCAAAAGUGGCGGUGGAAAAUCACCAAAAGUGUCUCCAUGCUACACAUUUUUUAUUUAAGUAGAAAACAAAAAGCGACAUGUCCUCGAGGAGUUGUGUUCACAGCUGUAAAAAUGCAGGAGGUUAGUGUUUAUGAGGAGCACAAGAGGGAAGUAAAAGCUCCUCCAUCUGACUGCUUCAGGGCGACCAGACAUUCGUGAGAUUAGAAAGUGCGGCAGACGGAGAGAUAUGAUGAGUGAUGAGAGAUUUUAAUCUUUUGGAAACAACAGUGCAAUCAUUUGGCUAUAAAACACUGAAGAACACAGAAACUGUGUGGAGUCAUUUUAUGGUCUUGUUUUUCUCCUGGAGACUUAUUAGACAUCCAGCUGCAGUACGAACCGAGCUGUGGUAGACUUCACCAGUGAUUCUGAUGACAUGAGGAUGAGUUGAACUGUUGAUUUAAUUGGAGAGAAAAUGUGAUCCCAAUGAUAACACGCAGUCUGUUUAUUCUGCUCAUUAGAAAUGUAUCUUUUUUUAUUGUGCUAAGUUGAAAACUUUCUCAACAAACAAACAAUUUACAGAUGUAGAUACAAAUAGGGUGCUAAAGGUGACAUGUGGGAGCAGCCACAGUAUCUGUCCUUCCCGUAACAGCAGCCUAUUCUUGGAUUUUGUCAACAGAAAACAGCCACUAACCCAUAGUUUAUAUUCUGUUCAAGUUGCUGAAUUCCAAACACAGUCAGGAUUCAACAGCUUGAACAAGAUUCUCUCAGAUUGUUUUUAUUUCUAGUUAGAAUGCUUCGGUCACUUCUUAAAAUCCUCUUAUGUGAUGGCUCGACGUUCUGUUUCUCGCUGCCUCUGGGAAGCGGUCACACAGCACUGGUCCGGGUGUAUUGUCAUUUAAAAAACAUCGUGAAUGAGACAGAUUUGGUAUUUUGAAUUUAAUCAGCAGAUUGAAUGGGUUCCUCCAAGGAUUAAGAUCAUUUAAAUGCAUCAUAUGAGCCCCUUCAAAACCAAAACAUCAAGAUAAAACACCCCAGUUUUAUUAUUCUGUUAUUGUGUGGAAUCAGCAGGGGCCUACUGCACCAAUUAGCACAUUUAGAGGGCUUUCAUUAUACAUCAAAACAAUUCAAAUCUUGAUUUCAUUAUAACAUCAUCCUUAAAGACUUUCAACUUUCAAGACUGUGAGAUAAGUCAUGUAUUUCAUAACAUAUAUAUCCACAUUUCAGUCUUAAAGGUAUAGUUUCUAGAACUAAAAGCCUCACUCUGAGGUGUAGUAGGCCCGAGCACACUUCGUAGCACCAUUGAAGUCGAGUGAUAAUUAUACAUCUGAAGGCUUUAAACCAUAAUUAUAAUAUUUGACUCUUUAGACUUACAGUAUGAGGUUUUCAACGUAUAGUGACCAAGUUUUGUUUCCGAUACACAAAAUGUUGUUUAGAGUCAUGUUUUCUUUUAAAUAAGUAGUGGGACUUAAACUUGUGUCUAUUUAUUUGUAUUUAUAUGCGUGUGUGUGUGUGUGUGUGUGUGUGUGUGUGUGUGUGUGUGUGUGUGUGUGUGUGUGUGUGUGUGUGUGUGUGUGUGUGUGUGUCUGUGUCUGUGUGCGUGUCUGUGUCUGUGUGUGUGUGUCAGAGAGAGAGAGGAAGAGCAACUAUUUUCUGUGUGCACAACCAGGCUACUGCUGAAAAGACUCCUAAAGAGGAGUUUAAGUGUCCCAACUCCUGUAAAACAAAAUUACCUGAAAUACUGUAUUUUUAACUUAUGCGCAAGAAAUAUUGAUUAAAGCAAAAUCUUGUACUGUAAAUUGUCAUAUUUUUGAUCCUUGAAUUAAAGACAGUGAGCU